AUGGAUCUGGAUGAAGAUCAUCUUCCUAUUUACCCAUCCAUUAGCUACCUCGAUAUAUUACGUGUUGAAGCUGAACCUAAUCUUGCAGUGACAUCGUGCAUACCUGUACAAAGUCAACCACAUCCUGGAUGGGGAGUUUGGCCUGAUUUGUGUCACGAUGACAAAGUCUCAUACAUGGAAGACUUGAUAACAACCCAUCAACCCUUUGGCAAGUAUCUAUGGCAUGGUGGUGACACUUCUUGUCCUGUCCUCACCGCAAAUGCAGAGGAGGAACCUGUUGUGAAGAUGAGAACUUCAAAGUCAAAAUCAACUUCUAAGAAGCUCUCCAGCAAAACUCCUUCUUAUCCCAAGAAAGAACUCAGACCAAGGAAGACAUCGAACAAACCCUCCACGUCCCGUAAGCAGAAACGCAUCAGCUCCUACUUUCAAGCAGCCGCCUCAUCCAGCAAUUCAAAUGACAAACUAAUGGAAGUGCUAUCUGAAUUAUCUGACACGGUUUCCAACCUUCAAAAAGAGACCAAACUGUUGCGUCUACUGCUCAAACGACCGAAGACGCCUACCUACCGUAAGCGCAUUGCCUUCCACUCUCUCUUAGCUCGGACCAAGAAAGUACACCAAUCACACCGCGGGUGUCAGACUGAACCUUCAGACAUGGCCUUUGCUCAAUCUCCCACACGGACUAUACCACUCUUAGGAGGUCCCCUGUUGUCAGCCAAUAUGCUGCACAACAUUAUGUCUCACCGAAAGCAACGAAGACCACAGCUUCAAACACUACAAACCUCCAACCAGAACCCCUCUCUCAUUCUCCUGACCACCCUUCACCCCUCCUAA